AUGCUCGUCCCGAGCGAUUCCGGUUCGUGUUACCGAAGUCCAAGAACCCUUUCCUUUCAAUUUCCAUGGAUAAAGUAGGAGACGUUUGUGCGUCAGAGCGUCUUUGGGUGUAAAAUCGUGAGAGAAAAAUUUUUUUUUGCUUUUGCACUACUUCCACUUCCUUCAAAAAUCUUCAACCAACUUAUCCAGACUCAAAACGUUCGAGCGAAACCUCCAUAUGGAAAAUGCAUCGACACCGAGGACGAUUCCACCAAUUAUUAUCAAGUUUGUGGAUUUCCUACAAUAUGACUUACUGACCAAUACUUGCUGACCAGGACUUCUGAUCAAUAUGAAACCUGAAAAAAAUUUCCAUUUCAAAAAAAAGUCAGUAGUUUUUGCUCAGAGAGAACCUCGUGACUCAAUAAAUUACCCCGGCUAGACUAGUCAUUAUCGCAACUCUGUCGUGCAAACUAAAUUGCGGGGUGUGAAACCGCAAUAAUUGAUAACUUUGUUUUACGUUUAGAACGCUGGAAACGUGGCAGAGUACGCAGAUUUGGGGAGAAAAAAGCGAGGGAUUUCGGAAUAUACGGAAAAUUAGCUUAGAUAAAGAUAUUUUGCCUCCAGGGAAAAAAAUUUCUAGAUUCUCAAGCUUUUUAGAAAAAUUUUAAUAUUCACAUGACGUAUUCAAAAAAAAACUGUCAGUUGAUGUUUCGACUUUUUCUCUCAGAACUACACAUACACGUUGGAAACGUGCUUCAACGGCUGCAAGCAACGAAAUACCGUCAAAGAAUGUGGCUGUGCAAAUCCACGAAUUAUGAAGGCCGAUGCCGACGUCUUGUGCACACCGACCGAGAGUAAUUGUAAGUUAAAACGUCUCGAAUUGAAAAAAAAAGAAGUGUGAUUUGGUCAGAAAUCCAGGCCGAAAUCGUUCAAGGAGCACAGACUAUUUUGGUAACGGUCUUGAGGCGAAAAGUCAAUUAAGCUGUUGAUUCAGGAAAUUUCCUUUUACUAAAAAAAAACCACAAAGAAAGAUUUGAACAAGAUCAGUAAUCGUGAUCCGCCCUCUUUUCUCUCAGCAAACCUUUGCUGUUAUUUUCAUGUUUCUAUGUCCUUGUCGGUGAGAGAAAAGAGAGCGCAGAAAGGUCAGAUUGUUUCGAGUCUCUGCGCCUCACCGACGAGGUCAGAGAAUCAUAAAAAUAACCCGGCAACAUGAGAGGGCCGCCGAGAGACGAAGAGGGCGUAGAGAAAAAAAAGAAGCUUAAAGAGUAUAUAAGACAUUCAAAAGUUCUUUUAAAAAUUAGAAAAAAAGAUUGAUGACUUCUCUGAAAUUGAAGUUGUGGUCCCAAAACCUAAAGGACUUGUAGAUUUCAUCUCAAAAUAAGCAACUUUAUCGAAGAAAGUUGUUCAGUGGCGUGUCUGCAGCACUUGAAGGGAGACCAGACCAACCAGACAGACCCCAACAUCGACAUUUUGACCGACUGCGGCUGCAACCCACCCUGUGACGAAAACUCCUUCAAGCCGACGGCUUCACUUUCCCGUUUCCCGGCGGAUAACUACUACGUCGCCACGGAUUCUGUCAAUGGCGUGGUUAGUCUUUCGAAGUUUUUUUUUAACUAGAUCACUAACAACUUGGUUAAAAAAAAAUUAGACGUCGAAAGUUGAAAUUUGGGUGGGUGUUGCGUACGGGGCCUUUUAGCGGGAAAUGCGAGCGCCUUUUAGACAAUUUUUUCUUCUCUUUGUCUGAUAGUUUUCCGAUAAUUCAUAAUUUUAUAAUAUUGAAGGAGCUUAGUUUAUUUCAAUUUCAAUUCCCUAACUUUAUUUUCGCAACUUCGGGAUGAUAUGGCGAUGUUGCAGAGAGGAAAAAAGACCACUAAGUGGAUUAACUAACCCUAAGAAAAAAAAAACAUUUUUUGUGAGAUAAGAAACCAUAAUAAGUUGAUAUUUAAACCGAGUUGAUUACGGCACAAAAAAACCUAUGAACUCUCCUAUGAACUCUUGAAAUAAUAUGCUCGACGCCGGCGCGCCAACAUUUUCUGCAUACACAUACUUUUAAAAAAUCGUUCGCGUUAGAAUUCUAUAUAGGAAAAAACAAAAUAACGAGCUUUGCUUGCGAUUUUCUCCACAACUUUUUGAGUUUUAUUGAAAAAUUCCUAAUAUUCCGCUUAAAAACACUCCAGUCACGCUAAGUAUUAUACUAUUCCUUUUUACUUCUAAUAUCCAAAUUCCAGGCGGGCAGCUGUGACGUCAGCAACACAAAGUUCCCAGUGAGCUAGGAAUUCUCAUACAAACAUCAAAACUUUUUUUCUAAUUUCAGUCCAGAACAGAUUGCCAAAAGUGGUACUCAACAAAUGGUCUAAUCAUCCAGGUCUUCUUCGAAACGCUCAGUUAUGAGCUCUACACGGAGAGCGCUUCGUAUGGGGUUGGUAUUACUGAAAUUUCAAUUUCAAAUUGGUUUAUUUUUCAAUUAUUCAAAAAAAGUUUUUUUGUAGCUAAAAAAACUUUUUUUAAAUCUGUGAAAUUUUGAAAGUUUGAAUUUUUCGUUGAAAUAGGCUUUCUUCCAGAUUUUCAUCUUCUUCCAAAAAAAAUAAUUUUACUUAGCUCAACUUCUCGACAAUUGGCUAAAAUCUCAAGUUCUAAAUUGAACAAAUGAAAAAAUCCUAGUUUUUGAGGAAUUUUACCUCCAAGAGAUAAAAACUAUCAAACUCCGUUCAAAUAAGUCUUUUUUUCUGACUUUUUCGCCCUUCUUCCUUCAAAAAAAUAAAGAGUUCAGGUGAAAACUUUCCGUACCUCCACCUAGUACAUCGAAGAUUAUUUUUAUCUAAUUAAAAAGAUUCCAACUGAAAAAAAUGGUUUUAAAAAGUCUAAGCUUGAGCCAAUAUUUUCAAAAAAAAAAUUUCAACAGAUUCCAAAAAGUCCAUGAAUAAUGUAAGCACGAAAAUCAACGAUUAAUAUUACUCCUGCACACACAAAAUCUUCGACUUAUUUUCCACUGACAUCACAAAAAUCCGCUUUUUCGCCAGUUUCUGAGAAGCUUUCUGAAGCUUUAGAGUUAUACAUUUCUAUACGAAAGGCAGAUAUCAGAAAAUAUAGGGGAAACGCUUCGAAAAUUUAGAUUUGUGGUCUGAAAACAGUAACGGAGUUCAGAGUGAAGGAAAACUUGACAGGAAAAAUGGAAAAAAACUCGAAAAAAUUUAAAUUUUCGACUUCCACGAUUUCAGCUUCUUUGUAACUAUUUCAGUUGUUCAAAAAAAACUUAACAAAAUAGUGUUGAAAUUUCAAAAUAUGAAAAAAAAAGUUGAAUGAAAUAAUUCAAAAUUAAAUACAUUUGCAGGUUUCGGAUAUAAUCAACGAUUUGGGCGGCCAAGCCGGCCUUUGGCUGGGAUUAUCAGUUAUUUCUGUUGUCGAGGUGGAGUUUCAUGCCGUGUUCAAAGUAAUUUCCGCGAAAUGCAAAAUGAUCUCUGACUCUCCAAAAUUUAGUGAUCUUUUCCUUUCUCUAACGGGUAUUUUGCAUUUCGCGGAAAUUACUUUGAAAACGGCAUCAAGCUUAAUGAUGGAAAAAGCUAACUUCCGAGUUAUGUACCGGAAUGAUAUAUUUUUUCUGACCUAAAGUGUCGCUCUAGCUCCGCCCCUAGUGGCGCGACGAACCAAUCAGAGAGCGAGUCAUUCACAGCCUUUUCGAAUGACGUCAUUGUACUUAACAUUCAAAAUCUGAACCAUUUUUUUUUCAUUGGAAAAUCCUACUGUAAGAAGUUAUUCAGUAAUUUGAGUAACUUGAAAACGAAAAAAAAAAAUAGGACCUGAAGAAUCUUUGAAGAUGGUCGGAUUGAUCCUGCUCUUAUUCGCGUUCUGCGUCUCUGGCGAUGCGAUCAAAAUUCGGCCUGAUGAGAAUGAUUUGAACAACGAUCAGAGGAUCAAGGCGGGUUAUUGUUCUGUGCAAACAAACUGAAAGUGAAAUUAAGGAUGUGCUUCAAUUUUGAAGAUUAAAACCGAAAUUUAUGUAUUCCUCGUUAAAAAAAAGUCAAAGAAUUUAGGAAAACAGCUAAUAAAGGACUUUUUUCUAGAGAAGGUGAGAAAGAGACGAUUAAUUGGAUCUUUUUUUUCCUUUCAAGGGCACUAAAAGUUUAAUUUAACUUUGUUCGCGUGAAUAAAAGCUCUUCGUGUAUGUAUGAAGAAGAAAAACACGACAUUUGGACAAAAAUCAUCGAAUAUCCUUUCCAAGCUCGAUAAAAUGAAUUUCAUUUUUGAGAUAAUCUUCAAAAAUCAGAAAGAUUUAUUUAACUGUUACUUUUUUGGACUCAAGCCAAAAUCAUUUAAAGUAAGAGAAUUUCACGGUCACUUUUUCAAAACAGUCAUAAAAUAAAUUCCAGGACGUGGACGACGUCCGGAAAGAAAUUGACCACAUCGAUAAGCGCCACGAAGAGAGCAACAACUUCGAAGAUUUAAAUGAGAAAAAAGGAAACUAA